GUUUGCGUUACACCUGUCCUUUACAAAAUGUCAACGGUGAAGUGUGUGUAAUACUUUGAUCAUCUUUAAGGAUCUUUUGGCAGGGAAUCUAAUUUGCCACUAAGAGGACUCUUUGGGAUCCCUAAUUUUAUAUUUUCAUCUUUGUCUUCGUUGUUUGGAAUGAUCCUGUCACAAACUUUCAUUCUUGCUAUUCAUCUGUCCACUAUUUUGGGUGCACUUCAGUAUCAGCCUCUACUCAGUAAUAUCCCUGAUGUAGACCCAGUGGUGGUGCGUUCCGGGGAUGAUGCCACCCUGUCAGUGCCAGGGAUGAAGGGGAUCCUCUCUGUGACAUGGCAGGCCCCAGAUGGGAUAAUACUGGGGCUAUGGGCACAAGGUCCAAAUGGUGGUCCAUCAGGAGUGGCCUACAGUCAUGCACCUCAGUACAGCGGUCGAGUGAAUAUCACAAAUGCACAACUCCGGAUUGCACCAGUUCAGAUUGAUGAUGCUGGAAAUUACACCGUCACUGUAGUUACCAAUAGUAAUGGUGUGACAGUCAGUUCUAUGUGGAUGCAAGUGCAUGAUGAAGACACGUCGAUGAAACACACGGUAUCAGAGAUACUGGAGGCAGCUAAUGCUGGCUUAGAUGACAUUUCCGUUGCCCCAGUGGGUCAGAGAAACGCUGAUGCUUGCACGGCACGUGGUUGUACAUGGGAGAAAUCUACAGAUGGAAGCGUCUACGUGCCGUAUGUCCUUGGCAAUGAAUACUCACAAAUUGAUAGGAAUCUCAUUGAGAGGGCCAUGACUUCAAUCCAGUCUUCCAGUUGCAUCCGAUUCAGACCUCGUCAAUCUGAACGAGACUACCUGCAAAUAAAUUCCAGGAGAGGCUGUAGCUCUUUUGUUGGACGUAUAGGUGGUGUGCAGCAGGUCUCCCUCCAGAGAUCAGGGUGUAUGUUCCUUGGCACCAUCCAACAUGAGUUCCUGCAUGCCCUGGGCUUCAAUCACGAACAUCAGAGGAGUGAUCGAGACAAUUAUGUUCGCAUUCAACUCGAAAAUGUACAGUCUGGCAAAGAGAGAAACUUUAACAAAGAGGACACUCUGAACCAGAACACUCCAUAUGACUACAGCUCUGUUAUGCAUUACUCCAGAACAGCUUUUUCCAAGAAUGGCCAGGCCACCCUGGUGCCCAUCCCUGACUCCAGCGUUCCUAUUGGGACAGCUUUCAGCAUGAGCAGUAUUGACUUCAUCCGACUCAACAGGCUAUACGAGUGCAAUACGCUGUCUGUGAGGCUGACCGUCAAGUCCACAGCCAUUGAGGGAGAGAGUGUGAUUCUGCAGUGCACAUGGGCAGGAGUCCAGACCGGCAUCACCUGGAGGAAGAACGGCGUGACACUCACACAGGACUCCCGCAUGACCAUGUCCGAGGGGACUCUUGGAAUCAGCCGGCUUGUGAGAGAAGAUGCAGGGGAGUACAGCUGCACUGUGUCCACCGCCGAGACUACGGAGACCACGAGAACCACACUCUCUGUCAACUAUAAAUGUCUCACCUUGGGAGGUUUGAUAGGGAUUGUGAUUGCCUGUUUCAUCGUCCUUUGUGCACUAUGUAUUGCCAUAGUGCUGCUCAUUAAACAGAGAAAAGCACAACAAAAGGUACAUACAGCAUAUGGUGUCAACAUCAGAAACCCGAAUUUCACGCGCUAUGGGAAUACAUAGGUCCAGCAUUUCUUGAGAUCUCAGUCAUCUGAUGAAGGAGGAUAAACAACCCAGUGACCCAGACUUGACUCCGAACUGAAGAUAUGGCCUGAUGUCAAGAGCAGUCUAAAGAAUAACAACACGCUCAAAACAUUAUAAACAUUCAAUUAUUAACAGGAGCUGUUUUGGUGUGUGAAUUGUUUUCUAUCUUUUCUCACUUCAAAUUGUCAUUGCAAUCAUAUUUUGAGUGUGUAAGUGUGUAAUUUGGUUUGUGUUUAAUGAGGAGUUUGGGGCCUUUGAGAGUUUGAAUGUUUACGUGGAUGUACAUAAAAUAGGCAGAACUCAAAGGUGAAACUUCACUGUAUUAAGAUCAUGUAAGUCAUGUAAAGGUAUGUAAAUGUACGUGUAAAUAUAAAUGUAAAUGUAUUGGGCACAUUAACCAGGUCUGACUAGGCAAUUACUUUUUUGUCUCCAAAUGAACAGCAGUUAUUGUGGUUAUUUUUCUGGUAGCGGUUGAGGUCUUGUUGUUAGUCACUGGUAGCCAUCAGCAGACAAAUUCUCAAAAGAGAGGUGAUCUGGGAACGCUUUGAUCAUGUCUGAUUUCCAAUUGGGACAUUAAAUUAGAAAGGAAUCUUUUCGGAAGUACAGUAAUCACAUCUUUCUUUCAUCUUUCUUAUUAAAGGAAUGUUUCAAGUGUUUACUCUAUCUGUGUCAUUUAAUACUGACUCCAUCAGGCAUGAAUAAAACCCACCCCAUGGA